GGCGUUGAUGGUUGUAUUUACAGCGGCUUUUCGUUCGUUUAGUGUUGAACCUAACCUUCCUGAUUUAAAAGAUAUAUUAUAUAUAUUAUAUGCGGUAAAUUUCACGUUUGAACUUGUUUGAAUGUAUACAUAAGUAUACACACGGAGACGGUUCCGGUAUUUUAUAUUAGUCGCAGACUCGCAGUCGCGAAAGGUAGAGAGUGUUGAAAUCUUGUUUAAUUUUGUUUAUUAGUAUAAUUCACAAUGUCAGAUAGUGAUGAAGCCAAAAUGUCAGGAGAUGAGGAAAAAGAUAUCAAAGAAGAACCACUUAAUGAUAGUGAGAUAGAUGAUAUUACAAAUGAAGAGAAUAUCAUGAAAGUAUUGAUUGCAACUGACAUACAUUUAGGAUAUGAGCAGACAACAAAAAGAGCUCAAGAGGAUGACAGCUUUAGAACUUUUGAAGAAAUUCUCCAGUAUGCAAGAGAUCAUGAGGUGGAUAUGGUACUUCUCGGAGGAGACUUGUUUCACGAAGCAAAACCACCUCACAAUGUAGUCAUGAAAUGUCUAGAAUUAUUAAGAACAUAUUGCUUGAAUGAUAAACCAGUUAAAAUUCAAUUUUUGACUGAUCCAGAAGCUGUAUUCAGUCACUGUGCCCAGAAAGUUGUGAACUUUGAAGAUCCAAAUUUAAACGUUGGGAUACCUGUUUUUUCAAUUCAUGGAAAUCAUGAUGACCCAAGCUAUGGUGCGGUUGGGUCCAUGGAUGUUCUUUCUGCAACAGGAUUGAUAAACUAUUUUGGAAAGUGGACAGAUGUAACGCAAGUGUCUAUUGCUCCACUCUUGAUUCGCAAAGGAGUAACUACGAUAGCUCUAUACGGAUUGAGUUAUAUGAAUGACCAAAGGUUGUCUCGUUUGAUGAGAAAUAACAAAUUUCAUAUGUUACGAACUGAUAAGGCUGAUGAUCCUUUUAACAUUUUUGUUUUGCAUCAAAACAGAGCAAUGCAUAGUCAGAAUUCAUACGUUCCCGAAAAUUUGUUGCCAGAUUUCAUAAAUCUAGUUGUAUGGGGGCAUGAGCAUGAAUGCUUAAUAGAACCUCAACAUUCCAAGCUUAAUCCUAAAGUACAUAUUAUGCAACCAGGAAGCUCUGUUGCCACAUCCUUAGCACAGGGAGAAUCUGUAGAAAAAAAGGUUGCGAUUUUGAAUAUCUUUAAAAGCAAAUUUAAAAUGAAUUACUUGAAACUAAAAACAGUUAGGCCCUUUGUGUUUGAAGACUUGGUAUUAAAUGAUUAUAAUGACGAAAUAUCAUCGUACAAAAGUAGACAAGAUGCAGUGGAAGAAUUUGUUGAUAAUUACAUUGAAAAUACUUUAAUUACCAAAGCAACUGAACAACUAACUGCUCAUCCAAAGCAGCCACAAGCACCAUUGAUAAGAUUAAGAGUUUUUUAUUCUGAAGAUCGAGAUGUAUUUGAUACAUUACAGCUGUCUCAGAAAUAUUAUCAUGUAACAGCCAAUCCAAACGACAUGAUUUUAUUCCGUAAAUGUUCAUCAAAAUUGAAAAAGAAAGAUAUAAAAGUUCAAGAACAGGAUCUUGGAGAAGUUAGCGAGAUAUUUCGAUUUGAUGAAAACGAAAAAGACUGGAAGCGUACGGUACAAGGGGGGAUGACAGAAUAUUUUAAUAAACCUGAUAAAGUCAACAAACUUACAGUAUUAUCGCUAACUGGUCUUAAUGAAUCAUUGGCAAGAUUUGUAAAUGCUAACGAUAGCAACGCGUUUAAAGAUUUAGUGAAGUACCAAAUGGAGAAGAGCGUCAGUCGCUUGGUAAAACAGGAAUUGAAGACUAAAGAUGAUAUAUUAUCAGCUAUUAAAGAUUAUCGAGAUUCAAGGCUCCAUCAACAACAAGAAGCAAAAUCAGAAGAAGAGAGUUUCUUUGACGCAAGAAAAAAUUUACCCGCUAAAGCCGAUAAUGCGUCACGUGAUGAAGAUGAUCUUAAAAUGGAAGAUAAUGAUGAAGACGUUGAGGAAGAACCUGCGCCUACGAGAGGAAGAGGUCGUGGAAGAGGUAGAGGUCGAGGGAGGGGAACAACAAGCAAAGCUAAAGAAACUACAACUACUCCUGCCAAACGAGGUAGAGGUAGAGCCUCGAAAAAUGUCACGGCGCUUGACGUAACAACUACAAGGGGAAAUCAGAGCAUCAAUAGUUGGAUGUCAAAAUCAUCUAAAAAGGCAAAAUCUGUCAUCCUUGAUUCAGAUUCAGAUUCGGAGUAAAUAAGGUAAAAAUAAGAUUCAGUUUAAAAGUCGCAAAUUUUUUGUUCGUUUUUAUCAAAAUUUUGCUCUCUGACGCAACUGCACCGUAAUGUAUUACUGUUUCACUGUAUUUAGUGUUUUAAAGUGUCUUUCAUAAUUUAAACUUAUAUUUAAUAAUGUUUUACAAAUAUGGCAGGGCCAUAUAGUACUCAGUGAAUUAAAUUAUAGUUUCUGUUAAUACUACAUGUAGUUUUCUGUGCUAUCAAGAUAUCUCGUUUUAACGUACAAUAAUUUAAAUAAAUAGUUAACCGCGAUUUUAAGUCUCGCCAAGUAUUUCAGUAUUUAUCGCACUAUACAGAAAGUGCAAGGGCUAUUAGUCGUUGCAUUUCAUUGAAAUAGCUAGGUUAUUUCGCUUCUUUACGAGAUCGUUAAAUGCGUAUACUUUGGCGUAUUGCAGGAAUGCAACGUACUCAAAACUAAUUACGCUUUAAGCAUUUUGUACUUUUAUACGCACUAAAUGUUGCAGUAAAAAAUAAUUCGUUAUUAAAUUUUGUUAAAUUUGGUCAUAAUUGUCCAUUACAUUAUACCGGUCAAAUUAUACAGUCUUAAAUGAAUUAUAUGAUAACGAGUGAUAACAACAAAGUGAAGUAAACUGCCAAAUACUAUUUUUGUAAAAUGCAUUUUCCUUGUUAUAAAUAUGCUUGUUUGUAAUAAAAUAUGGGAUAAUAGCAUGUACAGCUACAAUAUACGAAUAUUGUUAAGAUUAAAAAUUGAAAUUACAAACAUAAUGCAUAUAAUUUAUCAUUUAAUUGAUAUGCUACGAAUCAUAUUUUGAAGCAACAAUAAAUAAAUAAAUAAGUGCCCUUC